UCUCCAGGCUUCCGUAGUAAUGCUUUUCUUUUCCCCAUGUGACGGUUCAGUGUCUAUAAAAUGGCGGAGUCGGAGGAGGAGGUGGACGUCUUGGUCCAGAGAGUCGUCAAAGACAUCAUUAACGCGUUCAAGAGAAACCCCAACAUUGAUGAAAUUGGUGUGAUCCCGUGUCCAGAGGCUCGCUACAACCGUAGUCCCAUUGUGUUGGUGGAAAACAAACUGGGUGUUGAGAGCUGGUGUGUCAAGUUCCUGCUGCCGUAUGUCCACAACAAGCUGCUCCUGUACCGCCAGCGCAAACACUGGCUAGACAGAGAAGCCUUGGUGGAUAUCACCUGCACUCUGUUGCUGCUUAACCCGGACUUCACCACUGCAUGGAAUGUCAGGAAGGAGCUACUGCAGUCGGGAGUUCUUAACCCAGAGAAGGACCUCUACCUGGGCAAGCUGGCCCUCACCAAAUUCCCCAAGAGCCCAGAGACGUGGAUACACCGACGCUGGGUGCUGCAGCAGAUCCUGUGUCAGUUCUCUGCCAAGGGCCGGACCAGUAAGCAGCAGCAGCAGGGUGAGACAGAGCAGUCUGAUGCAGAAAGGAGCCAGCAGCUCGGGGACCAUCUGGCCAGGAUGCUCCACCAAGAGAUGAAGGUGUGCUGUGACGCUGCCUGCCUCUAUCCCAGCAACUACAAUGCCUGGUCCCACCGCAUCUGGGUGCUGCAGCACAUGGCCAUGGGCAAUGUCAAGGUUUUCCAUGAUGAGCUUUCCUCUAUGCGACUGUGGGUGUCCAUGCAUGUGUCUGACCACAGUGGCUUCCACUACCGCCAGUUCCUGCUCAAGGAGCUGAUCACUGAGCUCUCUCAGCCGCCGCCCUCCACCACCAAUUCUCCCCAGCACAACGCCAGCACAGUCCCCAGCAGCAGCCCUAGCCAUCACAGCCAAGCCCAGGCUAAUGGAGUGCUGUCAGGAGCUGAGGCAGCUGGUGAGGAGGAGAGACAGCCCAGCUUCACCACAAUUAUUCAACUCUUCCACCAGGAGAUGGAGCUGUGCUCCGACCUGAUCCACUCCUUCCCGGGACAUGAGACACUCUGGAGUCACCGGCGGCAUGUCUUCUACUUGUGGCACCAUUGGAGGAGGGAACACCAGCACUACAGCAGCAGUGGCAGCAAAAGAGGCAGUGAGUUGGUCCACCUCAAUGACACUGACCCAGGCCUGCAGACAGUUCGUGCGCAAAGCUGUGCAGGCCAGGGAGAGCGUGUGAAUGGACAGCGGCAUGCUACUGAAGCUAUGGAGGUAGAUGGGGUGUCCUUGCCAGAACUACGUGACAGCAAACGACUGAAGACAGGCAUCCUGCUGCCUGACCCCCCUGCCCUGACCUCUGAGUAUAGCUUUGUGAGCAGUAUCCUGGAUGACUGCUGUAACCCUGAGCAGAGACGAUUUGCCCUGGCAUAUGAGAAGUGGUUAGACACUGUCAUUGGUCAUCAACCUUGAGAGAGAACAGAUAGCUCCAUCCUUUCUCAAUAUUAAAGUUGCCUUUAGACACAGAUUUAGGAUCAGCUUGCCUACCUGUAGUGCUGACUUUAACUAAUAGUACUUCAGAUGCAGUAAUGACUUUAGAAAGCAGUCAUGGGGCAGCCUGGUUACGUACCUGUCCUCCUGACGGUGAAUAGAGAGGAUAGUGUCCCCAGUCUCUUCCUUGGAAACACCUGGAUUCUCUUGAGCUUCAUCUGAGCCACAACCCCUUCAGAAUAGAAAUCUGUACACAUAAAGGCAAUUGGCUCACUAUGUGUCUCAGUACUUUCUGUUCUUAUUUCAGGUUUCUCAAUGCCUCAGGUCAAUUUUUCAGUUUUUUUUUAUUUUUUUUAUUUUUUUAUUGCCAAUUGGCAUUCACCUGCACAUUUUUUUUCUCCAAUAAUUCAGCAAAGAAACUAAAUAAAGCUGCCACAGGAGGAGAAAUAAUGUCAUUUGCAGAGGUGAGAGCUGAGCAGAAUUUAGUUGACUCAAUAAAGAUCAUGCUUGUUGGACCUGAUUGUAUGGAAUGCCAAAGAGUCAGUAUUAACUAAAUUAAUAACAUAAUUCAUAUAGAUAAGAGGAGUACAAUACAAAAUGAAUAAUUGUUAAAACUCAAUAAAUGAUUUAUAAAAUGUUAUUUCAUGAUUCUUAUUUUCAUGGUAGCAGUUUGAUUAGAGGGAUAUUUUAUUUAACAAUGUCUUUUUUAAAUUUUUUAUUUUUUAUUUUUUUAAAAGUCCGUUUUGUCAAGUCAUUAGUGCUGCCACCACUCCCCACCCACUCAGGUUUGAGCUCUCAAAAAAAGUGAUAAAAAGAAAUGCUAGUGAGAAAAAUAUUUUCAGGAAAUAAAAACACAAAAAGGGCAUUUUUAGUAUUUUAUCUCUAUUGUAAUUAAGUCCAGUGACAAUACAAAUUCUUAAGUUACCAAACAUUUAACAAUCAUGAGUUGAGUUUUGAUAAUUAAAACACUAUAUGUUGGUUUCUCUUUUAAUUAAAUUUUUUUUUUUUAUAUUUUCAAUGAAUUGACCCUUUUUCCGAUGAUGAAACCUCUGGGGUGGAACAGAAAAAUGGUGGCUCUGGUUAAAAAUCUUUCCAACAAAAUCAGAAGACUUCUCAGCUUCACAUCUUAUUUCAUCUUUAUAUGUGUUCAAAUUCACUCAGGCCUCACUUGUUGCAGUGACAGGUUUUAAGCACAGCCAGACUCCUGUUUUUCUUUGAGGUUUCUUAGAUUUCCAUUCUGAAGGUGGUUACAUUUAUUAACAUUUUCAUUUGCUUCUUCUGUUGGUUCAUGUUCGCUGUUGGCAGUUGAUUUAUACCCUCUAAUUUUACUGGUGAUUAUAAUCAGUAAGUCUUAACAAUGUAGCGAAGUCACAGUAGCUUGCAACAGAAAGCCAAAAAGCUAGUUGGUGGUGUUUGCUAUGUGAAAGGGUAGUCAAAGCUAACUUAAAUGUCUUACCUUUUGCCAACCUGAACCAUUAAACACAUAGCAGAGAUGUUAACUUUAAGAGUUUGUUGGUACUGAUGUUUGGCUUUGAAGGAUAGAGUGACAUUCACUGGUGCUACAUGUUGCUGUUACUACAACUACUUCAUCUGUUACGAAGGAUAGUGUCCUACAGGUGAAAACUGAACAGCACUUUUGACUCUAUGAUGAUAAUAGGCAAUCAUUGCUUUGUGGAAUAUCAUUGCUAAAUGACAAUAUUACAAUAUUUUUAAAAUGUUGUCUGUUAUUUUGCACUGGGCUAGUUAACAGUUGGCCUAGCUCUUUAAUGUAACUACUUUGUAUAAUGAUAGACAUACUGGUGGAAAAAGGUCAAAAAUCUACACUAUGUCUUGUGUUAAUUUAUAGCGUUACUUAUAUUAUUGUAACAUGCUGUAUCUGCACUGUUUAUCCCUUCAAUAAUGUAAAAGGUGAAAAUGAUAACUCCUCUCACUACUUUGUCUCAUAUAUGUAUAUAUAUUUAUUAAGGGAAGAAUGGUUUUCUUGAAUUUUAAGCUAACAAAAUUCAGUUCACCUGUAUUUCAGAUUUUUGCCUAGAAAAUAGAAUAGAUUGCACUUUGAAUAGGAUCCAUCUUUUUGAUGCCCAAUAAUAUCAUGGUUCAUUAUUGCUACUUGAUUAGCUGUCAAAGACAUAUCGGUGCACAAAUUACCAAAUACAUGAAUUUAGACAGAUGACAUUGUUGUUCCAUCAGUGUAGUCAUGGACACAUUAGCAUUCACUGUGUGUACUAAGUGGUCAUAUGAACACACACACUGUUUGUGUCCUAGUGGGCCCUUGGUGAUAUUUGGGUACCUUCACAUAUGUAUAUAGAGGUUUGAUAGGAUCCCUGACAUUGGCUCAUCCAUAAAAACAAAAUGGUGUAUAUUGUGUUAGUGGCCGCAGAAUGCACAGGCUAGCUAGCCAAUGUUGCCUAGCUCGCUCUCCAUUACAGCCUCCAUGUGCUUCCAUGUAACCCUUACCAAGUUGUACUUAACUUCUCUAAGAAACCAACAAUAUAAGGGUCAUUGUGUAAGAUGCUCUGUCACCUCAUAUCACUGUGUACAUGAUCAUAGAUAAUCUUGCAACUAAUAUUUUUGAACCAUGUAUUCUUUAGGUUUGUUCAUCACAAAUGAGUGUAUAUCAGAACUGUAUGUUGGGGAUAUUUUAACAUCCAUGUAGACCUAGAACACAAACUUUGAAUACAAGACUAUCUAUGCAGAAAUGUUUUUUAAAGGUUCAACAAGCUUUUAAAAAGAAUAAUGUAGCCUCUGUUUUUCUAAUUUAUUCUUUAGUUGACUUCAGUUGAGGGUAUUUACCUAAGGAAUAAUCCCUAGCAUCUUAUUCAUUUUCUAUUUAUUUAUAGGGUUAAAGUCUUAACUUUUCAGUGUUUUGUCAUCUGCUUACCAAGGAAAUAUAGCUCAUCUGGGAUAAACACUUUUUACCUGCUGUUUUUGUUUGUUUGAGGUGUGUGUGUGUUUGUGUAUGUGCAUAUGUGAGGGUGGGUGGGGGCAGUUACUGCACUGAUGCACAAGAAUUUACCAAAGUCUGAGAAGUGACUAAAGAGGUUUACUGUUCUUGAGGCACCAGUAUGCUCCAUCAGAACUGCAUGUUGAAUGGUUAAAUAGCUCUGUAAACCCCUCCCAUGUUUGAAAAUUCCUGUAACUUCCCAAAGCCAACGUUCCCACCCUUCACCUGUGUCAACAAUGUGAUUGGCCAGCUGUGCAGAGGUGAAAAGCCAGGGUUUGAAUUCCUCUCUUAGUUAUCUGUCUUUUGUUUUAACUGUAAAUCUGAUUGCAGCCUUUUCAACUUCAAAUGUGGCCAUUUUAGAAGCUCUACAGCUAUACACACUUCAAUUUCCAACUUUUACAAUGUGUGAAAAAACCCAGUCAUCUUUCACGUAUAACCACUUCCAUUAGCAUUGACUGGAUUUUUCUAACUUGAUCAUCAGGUGUAAAGUUAGAGUGUGACAAGGUACAUACUGUAACUGUUAGUACAAAUUGGUCUGUAUGAAAUGUACUUGUUUAAGCAUGGCUUUUUAUGGAGUUGACUACAAAAUCUGAGCUCACAAUCCUGAAAACUGGGUUUGUAUUUAUGCAGCUGUUAAUCAUUUUUUGAAUUGUCUAUUCUCGUCAGGUUUAUUUUUUUAGCUGCUGAUAUCAUGUCUCAGGAUCUUGAUAUACCAGUAUGUGAAGGAGUCCCACUGGGCACCUGUCUCAGCCCGCUUUUCUUGUACUUUACAUGCUUCCACUGGGUGAUUUCACCAAUAUCCAUAACGUCAAUUCUCAUCAAAAUCUUAGAGGAGCUUCACAAGACUAAUAAUUUGACCUGACCUACAUGUUUGCUGUUAGUAUUUUGUUGAAACGCAGUUGAUAUUUAAACAGUGACUAUUUCUCUGAAGUUUGGCAAGCUGGAUUAAAACAAAUGUGAGAAGA